AUGGCUAAGUAUUUUGAUAAUAUUUGGGAAAACAUAUUUGUAAUUUGUUUUGGAGUUUUACCUCUGCUUUAUAAUUUCGCAAGUUUGGCAUGGAAGAAGUAAAAUAAGAGUAAGAUUAGUGAAUCUAUACAUAGAUUACAGAGUGGCAAGGUUAUAAUUUAAUGGAAAAAGGAAAAUAUUCAUUCUGAAUUAAUGUUCAAUUUUUACAAAAAUAGCUAUCUUGAGUAUGUUUACACUUUUGUCAAUAUUACAAAUAAUUGUCAACACUUAAUUUCAUUCAGAGUAUGCUUUCCUAUUAGAUUAGUUAUGUGUUGAUAACAAUUAUAGAGUUUUGUUAGAUAAUAAAUUAUUUGUUAGCAGGAUUACAAAUAUUUGAAGAUGCCGACAAGUAUGGAUAAACAACAAUUGCUACUCAAAUCAACCUCAUAGUAUUUUAUGAAAUUUCUAUUUAGCUUCAAUUUCUUUGUUUUUGUGGAUUCGCUAUUUUCUUGUUUAUUUGGUAGAUAUAUAACAAAGAUAAAUAUGUAAUAAAACAUGAAGAUAUCAGCUGUUGGCUUAUGUUCAUCCUUAGAGGAGUAGCACUCUUGCUAUUUUCAGUGAUUGUGUUCUUUAUGCCAUAAGACAUAAAGCUUUUAUAGACUGUUGUAUCAGAAUAUAAAUAUAAGCUAUAAAUGCUUGGUAAUGAAGAGGAACCCUAGAUAAUAAGGUAAUAACUAAUAACAAAUGAAUCCAACUUUACAUUUUGCUAACCAUGUGAUUAAUUGUAACCAUAGAUAACAGAUGUUGAAGUGAAUUCUUAUUAGGACAACAAAGAUAUAAACACAUAACGAAAAUAUAUCAUUUAUGAAAUUACUUUCAAGUAUUAAGGGAAACAUAAAAUAGUAUUUCGAUCCUUCAGUGAUUUUUUAACAUUUCACAGAGAUAUCACUUUAACAUAUCCAAAAUUAGAUUUCCCCCAAUUUCCUUAAAUGACUUAAUACUUAAAUUCAUAAGACAUAGAUAACCGAAGAAAACAAUUAGAUUUAUUUUUGAAAGCAAUAGCCAAUCAAUUUGGAAAUAAUGAUUUUUUUUUAGAUUUUUUGAAUGCCACAGGAAAGAGCUUGUAGUACAAGGCUAAAAUACCUUUGCCUCAAUAAUAAUAGUAGAAACCUAAGAAGAUUGCCACACAGUAACAAUUUUCAAAAGCCAAAUCUAUACAAAGUUUGAUCCCAGAAACAAUUUGGGAAGGACAAGAUGAUGAAGAUGAGGAGAGUAUUGAGGCAGAUACAAGAAAAACAAAGAAAGCUUCAACUUAUGUGAAAAUGCAUUUUGGAGAAGAGCGACAAUAUUAGAGAUUUAAUAGUGUUAGUAAUCUUGAUGAAGAUCAAAGAAAUUUUAAUUUUGAAAAACCUUCAAAUGGUAAGAUUUAUUGUCUAAUAUUUAAAGAUUAGAUAGGCUAUGAUUAAUUUUAGGAUAAUAGUCCUUUUGAGGAGGAAGAAAAAAAUUCGUUAUAAAAUUUGAUGAUAAUGUCGUGAAAGUUAUUUGCUUCAUUUACUAUUUAUUUAUAUAUAUAUAUAUAUUUUAAUUAAAAGAUAUGAGAGGCAAACCUUAAGCUUAAGUAGCUCAAAAACAGUAGCCUUAAAAGCAAGGCAAUGUACGCAAACCUCAGGAAAGGUAUUGAUGUUCAUUUAGUUUAAUAGGCCAGGAUUGACUGAUGAUGAAAUAGAUGAAAUCAGAGAAGCAUUCAAUCUUUUUGAUACUGAGGGUACUGGAAGAGUAGAUCCAAGAGAAUUGAAGGCUGCUAUGUAGAGUUUAGGAUUUGAUUAAAAAAAUCCCACAAUUUUCAACAUGAUUGCAGAACUAGAAAAUGAAGGGUAUUUAGUGUAAGAUAAAAAAUAGAACAGACAUUGACUUUGAUUAAUUUUUAGAUGCAAUUACAUCAAAGUUGGGUAAUAGAGAGAGUAAAGAUGGAAUCAAUAAAAUAUUUGAUUUAUUUGAUGAUGAUGGAAGUAAUAGUAUCAACUUGAAUAAUUUGAAAAGAGUAAAAUGAGAAUUGAUAAGUUAGGUAGCCAAAGAACUUGGUGAAACUAUGACGGCUGAAGAAUUGGGUGAAAUGUUGGAACGUGCAGCUUCAAAUGGCAGAGAAAUUACAAGAGAAGACUUCUAUAAUAUCAUGGUUAAAAGAACAUUUUGAUA